AUGCCCCCAACACAAAAUCUACAAAGCGCGGAAAUAGAUGAUGUCACAAUAGAGUAUGGCAACACGGUGAAAUACCUUCGUGCACAUUUACCCUCAUAUUUAGCCGCACCGAAAUUAGCUAUUAUAUGUGGUUCUGGUCUUGGGGGUCUAGUUAACACAAUAGAACAAACAAAGUCAUCUAAAAUCGAGUUUUCGUACUCGGAAAUUCCGGGGUUCGUGAAAAGCACAGUUGAAGGUCAUGCUGGUAAGCUUGUGUUUGGCCUUCUUGGGGUAAAUAAGAUGCCUGUUGUAUGUAUGGUUGGAAGAUUUCAUAUGUAUGAAGGUCAUACAAAGGAACAAGUAACAUUACCGAUAAAGAUCUUUAAGCUCUUGGGUAUAGAAGUCUUAAUUGUCACCAACGCAGCAGGAUCUCUCAACAGCGAAUUCAAAGUAGGCAAUGUUGUGAUUAUAUGGGACCACAUCUCAAUCCCCGGCAUUUCAGGCAACAAUCCACUAGCCGGACCAAAUCAAUCACAACUCGGACCGCGCUUCCCACCAAUGUCUGACGCGUACGAUUUCGAACUACGACGAACAGCAUUUCGUGCUGCCGCCUCAUUAAAACUUGAAAAAGGAACAGUAAAAGAAGGUACCUACUGUUGGGUGAUGGGUCCUUCAUACGAAACACGAGCUGAAGCGAAAUUUCUGAAUCUUAUUGGUGGUGAUGUGGUGGGUAUGUCCACGGUGCCAGAAGUAGUUGUGGCCAGAUAUUGUGGUAUCAGAGUGCUGGGGCUGUCACUCGUGACUAAUAUGGUGUUGACAAAAAAACCUCGAAGUGCCGAUCCUGAAAAGAAUGAACCUGAAACUAUCGAAGUACAUCCUUCACAUCAAGAAGUGUUAGAGGCGAGUCACGCAAGCGCUUCAAUGAUGCAAAGUUUAGUUAAAACUAUUGUUGAAAUGAUAUAUCGUUGA